UUCUCCAGAAGAACCUGAAAAUUUCAAAAAUUGGGUGCGAACCGGCCGGAAAAUUGAAAAUUUCCCGCUGAGUAUCGUCCGGAAUUUCCGAUUUUCGGUUUGUUACGGUUCGAAUCAGAGAUGGGUGGCAAGAAGAGGAGGAGAGUGGAGCGGCCGUCGAUACAUCCCCGAAACAAGUACUCCGUAAACCCGCCCGAUUUCGCCCUCUUGGCUUCCCUCUACCCAUCCUUCAAGCCCUUCGUUUUCUUGAACCGCGCCGGUCGACCCACAAUCGAUUGGACCGAUUUUAACGCCACCCGAGAGCUGACCCGAGUGCUUCUCCUCCACGACCAUGGCCUAAAUUGGUGGAUUCCUGAUGGGCAGCUUUGCCCUACAGUUCCAAACAGAUCAAACUAUAUCCAUUGGAUUGAAGAUCUUCUGUCUUCUGACAUUAUUCCUAAGACAAGCAGUGAUGGAAAUAAUGUGAGGGGUUUUGACAUUGGAACUGGAGCCAAUUGCAUUUACCCACUUCUUGGUGCAUCUCUUUUGGGAUGGAGCUUUGUUGGGACAGAUGUGACAGAUGUAGCGCUGGAGUGGGCAGAGAAGAAUGUUAAAAGUAAUCCGCAUAUUUCAGAAUUAAUUGAAAUUAGAAAGGUUGAAAGUGAUGGCAGCACCCCUUCUGGGGAGGGGUUGCAUAUUGGUGAGUCAUUCGUUGUUGAAGGUGAAAAAGAUUUAAGUGGAAUUAAUGCGGGGGACACACAGCCUUUGCCCUCAUGUUCACUUGAUGCAGAUUUGGGUUCAAAUAAAAGUUAUCAUGGGCCUCCUGUGCUCCUUGGUGUCCUGAAGGAUGGUGAGAAUCUUGACUUCUGUAUGUGUAAUCCUCCAUUUUUUGAGACCAUGGAGGAAGCAGGACUUAACCCAAAAACUUCAUGUGGUGGGACCCCAGAGGAGAUGGUUUGCCCUGGAGGAGAGCAGGCUUUUAUAACCCGUAUCAUUGACGAUAGUGUGAUUUUGAAGCAAUCUUUUCGGUGGUACACUUCGAUGGUUGGGAAGAAAUCAAACCUGAAGAUCCUUGUAUCAAAGCUUCGGAAUGUUGGAGUGACCAUAGUUAAGACAACUGAAUUUGUCCAAGGCCAAACAUGUCGUUGGGGGAUUGCUUGGUCUUUUGUGCCUUCUGCCAGGAAGAUGAUAUUGCCUCAUGUAGCCAAGAAGAACAAUCAGGCUUUCAUGCUUGAGGGUCUUCAACGCCAAUUUAGUGCCAUAAAUGUGCUACAAUCAGUUGAGUCCUUUUUCUGCACUAUCGGUGCAUCCUGUAAAUCCAAUGCUUCCUCGUUUACAGUUGAUGUUGCUAUAUCAAAUGAUCACUGUAAUGCAAUCCUGAAGACUGAAGUGCAAGGUUACAAUGAACUCAACAAUUACCAGUAUAUGCAAGAGAUUUGCGAUGGUUCAAGUUUGCCCCCUUUGUUUGAAGAACUAUGCUUCCGCAUUUCGGUUUUUCAGCAAAUUCCUGGGACACUUUUGGUGAGAGGAUCAUUAAAAGAUAGAGAAAGCCCAGGCUCAGGAGUUUUUUGGUCAAUAUUCCAACAACUAGAGGAAGUACUAAAAAAUAAGUUUUGUAGAGAAAAGGCUUCUUAGAUUUGUCGUACUCUUAUCUGGGAACACAAGUCUGAAGCUUGCGAGCUUGCUCAAUUUCUCUUUCCCUUGAUAGUUUAUGCUAGGAGGGUGACUCUUCUAUCCAUAUUUCAUCAGUCAAGAGCAACAGCUGCUAAGGAAGAUUGCACCAUCAAUAUGGGAUAUUAUUGCCAGCCUAGCUUUGUUAUGCCAUUCCAAGCUCGCCUCUACAAAAGAUCAGCAGAUGUUCCAGCUCAUUGGGUGGAUUCUAAAAUCGGAUUUUCUCAGACCACAUUUCAGUUUCCUAUUUUGGAAUUGUGGCUUGGUCUAUCAUGGUCUCCGAUAGGGCCUUAGUCAAUUUAGAUUGUCGAUUUGGGGCAGUACAAGCUUUAAGAUAGGGAUGAAAUGUACCAGCCAAUGAAAAUGUGAUGCAUCAUGGCCCCAACAAGGCGUGGAGGGUUGCCAAUACAAGCUUUAUUAUAUAGUGGGUCCAAUUUUGAGUCCUAUAUGUGCCUGAGGAUACAGGAACUGUGUUUUCUCAAAACUUUGCAAUCACAUGGUGGGGUUGCAUAUCAUCUGUGUUUCAUGUAUUCACAGGUGUUAUGGUCCAUUAAUAACAUGUGGCUAUCAUGAAAUGGACUUGAUUGAAUUCAGUUUUACUAAGUUGGAAUGUGAAAACUCUAUUGGCGAUA